CAUAUCGGAGAGCAAGAAGCCCCUAUAAAGCAGCCCCCAGUGGGCAAUCUGGCCCACAGAUUUGGGCCAGCUUUGGAGAAGAAACCCCAUUACCACCAUGAACUUCUCUGGAAAAUACCAGCUGCAGAGCCAGGAAAACUUCGAGUCUUUCAUGAAGGCGAUUGGGGUACCUGACGACCUCAUCCAGAAGGGGAAGGACCUCAAGGGGGUGUCGGAAAUCGUGCAGAAUGGAAAGCACUUCAAGAUCACUAUUACCACAGGGACCAAAGUGACCAAGAAUGAAUUCACCUUGGGGCAGGAGUGUGAGAUAGAGACCAUGACUGGAGAGAAGGUCAAGGCAGUGGUUAACAUGGAAGGCAACAACAAGCUGGUGACAACUUUCAAAAAUGUCAAGUCUGUGACUGAACUCAAUGGGGACACCCUGACCAGCACCAUGACACUGGGUGACAUCACCUUCAAGAGAAUCAGCAAGAAGAUUUAGACAGGUCUGCAUGCAUUUCCUAUUCUGUUACUGUGUAAAAUUAAUGUGGUAAAGUGGACUUCGUUUUAAGAAAAUGCUUUCGUGUGUGAUGACUUUGGUAUUGUGAGCUCUGAUCAUUUAUAAAUUGCAGAUUCAAGAACAAUA